AUGAGAAAAAAGUGAAUAUUGGAGGAUUUUCAUUUUAUCUUUUUUGGUGUGCUCUGUCUCCUUUUCAUAGAUGGAGGUAAACUAGAACAAGUAAAACAUUCAGAUACGUACUGUGUGUUUCAAGAUAAGAAGUAUCGUGUAGGAGAAAGAUGGCAUCCUUAUCUAGAACCCUAUGGCCUCGUUUACUGCGUUAAUUGUCUUUGCUCAGAGAAUGGAAAUGUAUUGUGCAGCAGAAUAAGAUGCCCAAGUCUACACUGUCCUUCCCCUGUGCAUGUACCACAGCUGUGCUGCCCACGAUGCCCAGACUCCCUUUUCUCAGUAAGCAGCAAAGUCACCGGGAAAUCCUGUGAAUACAAUGGCACCACCUACCAUCAUGGUGAAAUGUUUGUGGCAGAGGGGCUUUUCCAAAACAGGCAAGCAAACCAGUGUGCCCAGUGCAGCUGCUCAGAAGGAAAUGUGUACUGUGGGUUGAAGACCUGUCCCAAAUUAACUUGCUCUUUCCCAGUUUCUGUUCCGGAGUCCUGCUGUCCAGUUUGCAGAGGAGAUGGAGAAUUAUCAUGGGAACAUUCUGAUGGAGAUAUCUUCCGUCAGCCAGCCAACAGGGAAGCCAGACACUCAUACCAUCGCUCCCACUAUGACCUGUCACCCAGCUCUGCGAGGCAGGUAGUCAACAUUCCACGAUUUCCCAAUCCCAGGAGUAACCGUGGAGUCCUACCGGAUCCCCAGCAAGCUUCAGGAACAAUAGUACAAAUCGUCAUCAACAACAAGCAUAAGCACGGACGAGUUUGUGUUUCAAAUGGCAAAACAUACUCACAUGGUGAAUCUUGGCAUCCUAAUCUCCGGGCCUUUGGAAUCGUAGAGUGUGUGUUGUGCACCUGCAACAUCACCAAACAAGAAUGUAAGAAAAUUCAUUGUCCAGAACAAUAUCCCUGCAAAUACCCUCAGAAAAUAGAAGGAAAAUGCUGUAAAGUCUGUCCAGAAGAAGUGCCAAGUCAAACCUUUGACAACAAAGAUUACUUCUGUGGGAAAGAGACAUUUCCUGUCUAUGAAUCUGUUUUCACGGAGGAAGGAGAAACCAUCAGAAAAAUUGCAGUAGAGACUGAAAAGCCGCCUCAAAUAGAAAUACAUGUGUGGACAAUUAGAAAAGGGAUUCUGCGUCACUUCUAUGUUGAAAAAGUGUCCAAGAGAGAAUUUGAAGAACUUCCUUACUUCAAGCAGAUAACAAGGACAACCCCUAGCCAGUGGAAAAUAUUUAGCGAGGGAGAAGCUCAGAUCAGCCAAAUGUGUGAAAGCAGAGUGUGCAGGACUGAGCUCGAGGAUUUGGUAAAGGUUUUGUACCUUGAAAAGUCUGAAAAGGGUCACUGUUAA